AUGGAGGUGCUACUCGGCAUUCAUGGCGUUUGGGAUGUGAUUGAUCCCGGACUAGAUGACUUGAAGAAAAACAACAUCGUGAAAGGAUUGUUGUUUCAAUCGAUUCCGGAGGAUUUAAUCCUUCAAAUCGGUAAUUUGAAAACCGGAAGAGAGAUGUGGGAAGCGAUUAAAACUCAUAACCUAAGAGCUGAUCGUGUGAAGGAAGCCCGACUCCAAACUCUAAUCACGGAAUUUGAAAACUUAAAGAUGAGUGAUACUAGUACAAUAGAUGAGUUCGCUGCAAAAUUAUCUGGAAUUGCUUCGAAAUCCGCCUCACUAGGAGAAGUUAUGACUGAACAGAAGCUUGCGAAGAAGUUUCUUACGAGCCUCCCUAGGCGAUUUGUACACAUUGUUGCAACCCUUGAACAAGUUUUGGACCUUAAAACGAUAGGCUUUGAAGACGUGGUUGGUCGCUUAAAAGCUUAUGAAGAAAGAAUCAAGGGUGAAGACAAAGUAAUCGAGACUCAAAAUAAAUUACUUUAUUCCAAAACCGAAUCGUCCAAUAGAAACACCGAUUCAUCAAGAGGAAGAGGUCGGGGUUCAAAUAACCGUGGAAGAGGACGAGGUGGUAGACGUGGUCGGGGUAACACUCAAAAUCAAGGUCACUCGGAAUCCUCUAAAAAUCGUGAAGAUCAAAAGCAAAAAGGAAAACAACGCAAGCAAAGAGAUCUCUCAAAUAUUCAAUGUUACCGGUGUGACAAAUAUGGCCACUUUGCUUCAAGAUGCCCGGACCGAAUAAAAAAUCAUGAGGCUAACCUUAAUCAGACACACGAAGGAGAUACAAAUCAUGAAGAAGGGACGUUCUUUAUGACGAAUACAAUUCAAGAAACAGUGUUCUUGAAUGAAGACAAAUAUAUCCCUCCAAAAGUUGAAGCAAAUUACGAUGAAGACGAAAUUUGGUACCUAGAUAAUGGUGCGAGCAACCACAUGACCGGCAACUACUCUUACUUUUCUGAAUUAAAUAAAAACAUAACGGGUAGAGUGAGAUUUGGAGAUGGAUCGUGUGUUAGCAUUAAAGGAAAAGGGUCAAUUUUGUUCGAAGCAAUGUUAUUAGCCUCGGGCAAUCUACAAUAG